AUGGAUUCACAUGUAGAAGAAGUGAGAACCCUCACCAAGAAACUUUGGGAAUUGGAGGCCAUUGGAAUGGAGAGACCAAGAGAUAAAAGCAAAAGAACCUGCCUGUCUCCAGAGGAAAAGAUAGCUGAGUCAAAAGUGACCUCAUCAACACUUUUUAACGGGACCAGAUAUGAAGUUGCCACUCCGUGGAGAGAUGAAUCCCCAAAUCUGCCAAAUAACAUAAAGCCAGUUGCUCACCGUCAGCAAAAGAUGGAAGAAAACAUGAAGAGGAAGGACCUAGCCUUCCAUGGGCAAUGCAAGGAGGUCAUCCUGGGACAAGUAAAGAAAGGAUACCUUAAGAAGAUUGGGAACGUAAAGACCAACCCUCCAGAAGAAAACGGAUUUUACAUCCAAAUUUUCCCCGUAAGGAAAGAAGAGAGGGAGACAACCAAGGUUCGGAUGGUACUUGACUGCGCGGCGAAAUUUGAAGGGAAGAGCCUCAACUCUGAAAUCUACCCAGGACCAAAGCUUUUGAAUGAUUUGGUUGAUGUCCUCUUGCGAUUCCGGAGAUAUCCAGUAGCAGUGAGUGGAGACAUAUCAGAAAUGUUUUUACAGAUAGAGCUGAAACCAGAGGACAAGAAAUUCUACAGAGUAAUUUGGAAUGGAGAAAUCUUUGAGUAUCAGAGAACUGUUUUUGGUGAUUGCUCUUCACCAUACAAGGCCAACCAAGUUAUACAGAAACACACUGACAGUCACAAAAAGGAUUUCCCAGAAGCUGCCGACACUAUAGAAAACGCAUUGUACAUGGAUGAUGCCUUAGAUAGUAAAUGUACCCCUGCAGAGGGGCGCCAAGUCAGGAGGGAGUUGUCAGAACUGUUGACAAAAGCUGGGUGGAAAAUGAGAAAAUGGAUAUCCAACAACCCCUCAGUAUUGGAAGAGAUAGCCAUCGACGAGAGGGCCUCAUCUGUCAACCUGGACCGAGACCGAGACCAAUUGCCUGUUCACAACGCCCUUGGAGUGGUUUGGAUUGCUGGUGAAGAUGUUUUCACAUACAAGUCUAGCGUAGUGGGACAAGAAGAAACCUUUUCAGCCACGAGGAGGGGUCUGCUCCGGUGUAUGGCCAAGUUAUUUGACCCUCUAGUGGUGUGUUCACACUGGAUGCGAAUUGAAACCGAAUUCCGUAGAGCGCUCUCCGGAAUACGAAUUGGUUAA